AUGUCCCUACCACCCAUAGCGGUAAUGGCAGGGGACUUCAAUUUGCGGCAUGUCCUGUGGGAUAAAGGGUCUCGCAGGGCUGGCACACGCAGUAGACAUGGUGACAAGGCAUUGGCCUUGAUCACCCUAGCACAAGAGGAAAUGGGUCUUGACCUGUUGAAUGAUGAUGAUGGGAUCCCGACGUGGAUCCCCAACAGUACUGCGGCUUCCCCGGGCACCAUCGAUCUGGUGUGGCUCGACCCUGAUUACAGGGAAGGGGAAGCUUUACUCAAAGUGGACCAAAGUGGCCGACACCGCUCGGAUCAUGCAGUCCUCAAAUGGAACUUGGCGAUAGAUGUCAAUCCAACCAGGGAUCCCCGUAUCCCUAGAACAGGAACAGCAGCUCAGAAAUACCUGAAUGCUGUUGCCGUGGAAUUACAUGCAUACCAGCCUGUCCUUCAGUCUAAGGAGGAUGUCGUCGAAGCGGCGGCACACCUUCAACAAAUUCUGUCCACACACUGGGCGAGUCAUGCCACACCUCCUAAGAUAUCUGCCAGGUCGCGUACAUGGUGGAACAGGAGAUGUCAGAGAGCGGCCCAGAGAGUGAGGGAUGCGACAACAACUGUAGAUAACGCCAGGGUCCAGUAUAGGACACUGCGGUCAUCUCAUGGUUCUUUUGAUGCUAGCACUGCAGCCCAGGGGGUGGUCAUUAGAGCCGCAGUGUCAGAUUUGCACAACCGACGGGGUGACUUAAAGAAAGCCACCAGGGCGGCUAAGAGGGGAUUCUUCGAUGCGUGCAUCAAGAGGGCUAACCCCAAGCUUAUAUUGGAUUUUGUCCAAUGGACCAAACCACGUAAACAGUCAGCCAAUGUGCAGCUAAAAAUGCGCGAUGGCAGACCUGCAAACACCACUGCCCUAAUGGCGGAGGCGUUUCAAACACAAUUCACCCCUGCCAACCCUAAACCAGUUGAUUGGGAGAUGAUUGAGGCAAUACCCCAAUUGCCUGAAAGGGAGUUUCCCCCCUUCAGCGAACCAUCUCAAUUGGCUGUGGAUUAA